AUGGUAUUACAACGAGCGCCACAUCGAGCUGUGAUUUGGGGUUUUGGAAGUGCAAACAAGUUAACUACACUUCAAAUAAAUACUAAAACUUAUACAAGUAUUAGUCGAGUAGAACCAGCAAAUAAUAUAGGUGAAAGUAUUUGGUCAAUAUCACUUGAUCCAGUUUCUGAUGAAGGACCAUAUAAUAUUCAAGUUACACAACCAUUAGAUAAUGAUACACUUGUUACUAUAACACUUCAUGAUGUAUUAUUUGGCGAUGUAUGGAUAUGUUCAGGACAAUCAAAUAUGCAAAUGACAGUAAUAGAUAUUUUUAAUGCAACACAAGAAAUAAUUAAUGCUGGGAAAUAUCCUAAAAUUCGAGUAUUUACCGCAGCAUUGGAAGCAUCAGACACACCUGUAGAAGAAUUAAUAGAUAUCGUUGAAAAUUGGUCUAUUGCAUCACCAGAAAGUAUUGGCGGACCAUCAUAUAGUUAUAUGUCAGCUGUAUGUUGGCUUUAUGGUCGUAUGAUCCAUGAAGCAUUAGGUGGUCGACCCAUUGGACUCAUUGCUACUAGUUGGGGUGGCACAAUUAUUGAAAAAUGGAUGCCACCAGAACCUCUACAUGCUUGUGGUAUUUUAUCAAGCACGGCAAUAUCAUUAUAUUCCAAUGACAAAACUUCUAAAAUGUUACCAAAUGAUCAUUCUCAAUUAUUCAAUGCAAUGAUUUAUCCAUUUACACGUAUGGUUAUUUAUGGUGUUAUUUGGUAUCAAGGUGAAUCCAAUUCUAAUUAUAAUACAGAUAAAUAUUCUUGUACAUUUUCGAAAAUGAUUCAAUAUUGGAGACAAACAUGGAAUGAGCGUACAAAUUAUUUAACCGAUAGUUACUUUCCAUUCGGUUUUGUUCAAUUAUCAACAUUCUCCAAUGAAAGUACAACAGUUGGUGGUUUUCCACUUAUUCGAUGGCAUCAAACAUUUGAUGUCGGCUAUGUGCCAAAUAAUGUCGUUCCUAAAGUAUUUAUGGCUGUCACUUUAGAUCUACGUGAUGAUCCUUUUGAUAUUCAUCCCCGAACUAAAUUAGAUGUUGCCUAUCGAUUAUCACGUUCAGGUCUAGCAGUUGCUUAUAAUCAAUCAGUAGAAUUUCAAGGUCCUAUUGUUUCAAGUGUUAGCUAUUUGCCCGGUAGCAAAUCUAUUAAUAUCACUUAUACUGCUGCAGAAAAUAUUGAAUUACGUAAUCGAAAUGGAUUUGAAAUUUGUUGUCACGGUUCUAAAUGUAAAGAUGAUACAGUCUGGGACCCUGCACCUAUAUCCAGUAAAAAUGAUUUGACCAUAACAUUAACUAUAUCAAAUGCCUGUGUUGGACAACAACUAUUUGGUAUUCGUUAUUUAUGGCGUGAAACACCAUGCCCAUUUAAACAAGCAGCUAUUUAUAGUUAUACUGAUCCUAAUUUACCUUCUCCACCCUACAUAAAAUUUUUCUAA